AUGGCGACGGUUCCGUUUCUACUCGUUUGUCUGGUGGCAUCCGUGUACAGUCAAAGUGUUACAAAAACCACUGAGACUAAAAUCUUUGUUGAUCCCGCGGGAACACGCAGUGACCCUUUAGCUGAUGCGUUUCAUAUUGCACCUGAAACAGCCGAAGCAAGCUUAGUGCCAUCUCAUCAAAGUUUAAAUGAAAUCACAAGAAAUUUACAAGAAUUGCCAGGAAAUUUGCCUGAAACAUUGAAAAAAUUGCUCGCAGGUUCCCCAGUUGAAACUGCUGUAAAUGAGGCUAACCAGAAUUCUGCAGAUUUGUUGUCAAGAGAUGGAAAUAAAAUACAGCACGCGUUUCAACUGGCACAAAACAAUAUCGUACUUAACCAAUUUUUAAAUGAAAAGAAGAAACAAAUGGCGACUCAAAACUUACAGGACGAGAUACUUUCGCGAUUACUUCAGCAGCAGCAGCAACAACGACAACAAGAGUUACUGAAACGGCAACAACAAUUUCGACAAGGUAAUACUAUUUUAUCACCAAUUCCAGAUCCUUCGCCACAGUUGACUGACAAUAGCGGGCCUAAUGGUUUGAUAUCUACAAAUUUGUUGUCAACGAAUACUCAGUCAUUCUCUAGCAGUGGUAGCAAUCCAUUUUCCACAUCUAGCACUGGGUCUAGCGGUGGUUCUAGCACAGGUUCUAGCACAAGUUCUAGCACAGUUACUAGCACACGUACGACUAGCACAAGUACUACCAGCACAAGCCAAAACGAUGCUGCUGCUGACAAAAAUGCAAAAAGCAAAAAGGAAACAAGGAAAGAAAGAUUAUUGAAACUGAAGCAAAAGAUUAAGCUGCAGAAACAAAUAGCACAAAUGAAAGCGGCAAAAGCAGCAGCAAAAGCCAAGAAAGAACGCGAAAACGCUGAACAGGAACAAGCGGAAGAUCUUGCUCGUCAAAAUGAAUUCAACUCUGCUGUCAGCUCACCCACAACAGGUGUUACUUCACAAGACGUCCUUGCGCAAGCAGGACAAAAUGCUCGCGCUGAAGCGGCCAUAAAUAUGGCAGGGUUCUCACCAGGACAAAAUCAGGAAAUAGGGGAGGCUUCCUCUCAGAUUGUAUCGCAAACUCAAAUAACUGGGACUAACAACGUUAUUCCGGGAUUGCCGUUUGGGGCAUCUUUCAACACUCAGAAUCAACUAUCUUCCAACACCAUCGGAGCACCGGAAUUGCCGUUUGGCGCAUCUUUCAACAGUCAGAAUCAACUUUCUUCCAACACCAUCGGAACACCGGGAUUGCCGUUUGGGGCAUCUUUCAACAGUCAGAAUCAACUAUCUCCCAACACCAUCGGAACACCAGAAUUGCCGUUUGGGGCAUCUUUCAGCAGUCAGAAUCAACUAUCUCCCAACACCAUCGGAACACUUGAUAUUUCAGGUAACGCAGGCAUGUCUACUCAGGCCAAUGCAAUGCAACAACAACAACAGAUGGUGUCAGGAGCUGCUUUAACUUUCGCGGCCGCCUCAGCUUCCCGUAUUCCCAGAGGAUUCUUUGCUACUGUAAGAGCAGAUGGAACUGUUGUGCCCGACGGUUUAAACUAUGGAACUAGAUUUUCCCAAUCGGCACCACAGUUUGUCCAACUUUCAUCACCUUCAAGAUAUAAUCGCAAUACUUUCUCAGCGCCUUUGCUUCAGACAAGUGUUAACCCGACAGUUUUUAUGAAUGCACCUUCCACAACGUCAUACAAUAUGGCGCCACAAUAUCCCUCUCUGGUAUACAAUGUACCUUAUUCGCGUUCCGUAUUCAUGAAUGCACCCUUUACCAAUAAUUUCUCCUUCAAUACAAUGCCAUUACCCACUGUUACGCCAAUUUGA